CCUCUCAUCAUUACCUUCUCCUCCUCUUUACACAAUCCGACACUCCAGUUUUAGCUAAAACCUCAUAAUAUCAUCAUACAAACCCAAACCACAACAAGCACCACACAAGAAUCAACAUGGCCAACAUCCGUGAUCUCAAUCAACUCCCUCCCUACUGGGAAGUCGUCGCCAGCAUGGAAGAACCAAGCUUUGCUCACCCCUUCUUCGCCGGUCACAACCACAACCACAUGCCACAUGGCGAACACUUUGCUGGUGCUGCAGACUUUGAUCUGCCCCAUCGCGGCCGCCAUGGCCCUCACCACCGCCGCCACCGCCGCGGAGAGCCUGUGACUGAAGACGAAGAACCUACCCAGACCGAGACUGCCGAAGAUGACGAACCCUCCUCUUCCUCCUCCGACGAGGAAGACCAUGACGAACCCCGGAAAUGCAAGCGUCACGGUCGCCACGGUGGUUUCCACGCCAAAGGCGGCAAGGGCCGUCAUGGACCUGGUCGCCACGGGCGCGGUCCAUGGGGAAAAUUCGACCACCCCCCUCAUCCCGGAGCAUUUGGAGCUUGGGGAGCUGAUUUUCAGGGACCCCACGGUGGAUUUGGCCCCCAUGGCGGUUUCAGCCAUGGGCCGCAUGGUCGGUUUGGACCCUACGGGGGUCGACACAUGCGCGGUGGCUUCAAGCAUGGUGGUCGCGGCGGACCGCACCGUGGCUUUGGCCCAUUUGGAUUCAAGGAGUUCGGCCACCAUCGUCACGGCAAGCAUCACAAGCGCGGCGACUUUUUCCACCCCGAGGUGGAUGUAUUCGACACUACCGAGGCCUUUCUAGUGCAUGUUUCGCUGCCCGGAGCGAAGAAGGAAGCGGUGGAAGUAAAGUGGGACCCGAAGAAGUUCGAGCUGAAUGUCAGCGGAACGAUUGAGCGCCCUGGCGAUGAGGAAUUGCUGAAGACAUUGGCGUUGGAUGAACGUCGCGUGGGGACUUUCGAUCGCCAGGUGCGGUUGGGCAGUGUGUUCCAGCCCGUGGAGGUGCUUGUCGAAGGCAUCACGGCUGAGAUGGAAAACGGAGUGUUGAACAUCAAGUUGCCCAAGGUGGAAACGGACGUGGUGAUGGUGACGCGUGUGGAUGUGCAGUGAAGACUUUCUCUUUCUUUCUGGAAGACACAAUCGUAUUUCUUCCAUGAUGGAGUGAUAUGACUUAAGGCGUUGAAAUGUUUGUUGUUAGUAUUGUUAUCAAGAUUGAUGGUUAUUUGCUUGAGUACUGUACUUAAUGAAAUGAAAAUGGGAUCUCUGAUCCCCAGAUCUCCAACAUGAUGAAAA